AUGUACUUAUCUGAUAGUGAAGUAAUAAUCGACGUCCUGUCCAAAGCACGUCGCAAAGCUGGAAUAAAUGAAAGAAUAGAUGUCGAUGCGUUACUCUCCGAACCAAAGUUUGUGCGUUCUCUUCGGGAGCUAUGGGCACAAAUUCCUGAGAAGACCAGGCGAAGCAUUGGCCGAAAGCCACAAAAAGCUGGUCAAAAAACUGGGAGUAGACGCUCCCGAGAAUCAAAUACGUCAAUGAUAACUGUUUCACAGGCUGUAGAAGCUAUCGUACCGCAAUGCAGCCAAAAUCCAUUAUCCUUUUUCAUGGAGAGUGACAAUGCGCUAGAUCUGGAAUCUUCGCCUGUUAGUCAAGUCUACCAAUAUCUUCAGCAAUUAGACUGCAGAAUGAUCAUCAACACUAUUCGUGCCCGCUUCCUGAAAAUCGCAUUCCAUCGGUUAAAAGAAAGAUUAAACCUGCGUUAUAUGCGUUCAAAUAAUGUCGACAAUAUGGCACAGAUAAUAUCAAGGUCAGGCGUGGUAGAUUGUGACUUGGAUAGCAUCAAACGCAAGAUUGCCCAGUGGACAGAUCUAGGUGGGAGGAUUGAAGCACUGUGCCGAAGUAUCGGAAGUUGCACUACCUAUGAGGACUCGCAUCUAGGCAAUCUGUUUUGUCUCCCUGCGGACUGCCAUGAUGAGUUUAUACGGGUUUUAAAAUACACUGGAACAGGCAGGGACCAAGAAAUCCAGAGGAUCAAAAAUCGCGGCAUUCUAGACGUGCAAGGUAAAGCUGGCUUAGAAAAACUUGCAGCCGACGUGUUCGGCGUUUUAUGGGCCAAAAUUUGGAUGUCAAUCGAGGAUUUCAUUCAAGACUCGGAUUCAGAAUUUUGCCAAAAUAUACAGUAUACGCAAUACUUCCGUGUGGAACAGCGUGGGUCGGCGCCACAGUCAAACAAGUUGACGACAGCCGUGUCAGGUUCACGAAAUAAUGUUCAGCAAGACGGUACAAAUCAUCCAAGUGACGAGGCAAGACGGGGAGGCUCUAGUUUCGUUCCACAGGACAACAGCCAGACAGUACUCCCUUUACAUACCCCUGGUCUGCAAGAACAAGAUGACAUGGCAUGGAUGGGGAGCACAUUCAACAUACAUGAGAACCCACAGUCGAUGUUGCCACUACACCCCACUGGCCUGCAAGAACAAGAUGACAUGGCAUGGAUGGGGAGCACAUUCAACAUACAUGAGAACCCACAGUCGAUGUUGCCACUACACCCCACUGGCCUGCAAGGACAAGAUGCCAUGGCACGGAUGGGGAGCACAUUCAAUAUACACGAGAACCCACAGUCGAUGUUGCCACUACAAUCUCUUAGUCUGCAAGAAAGACAAUCCAUGGCACGGGUAGGGAGUACAUUUAACAUACACGAAAACCCUCAGACACUGCUCCCUUGUCAGUCCUUUGGCUUACAAGACGGACAAAACAUCAUGAGAAUUGGAAGUACAUUCAACAUACACGAGAACCCACAGUCGAUGUUGCCACUACAAUCUCUUGGUCUGCAAGAUAGACAAUCCAUGGCACGGGUAGGGAGUACAUUUAACAUCCACGAAAAACCCCAGACACUGCUCCCUUGUCAUUCCUUUGACUUACAAAAUGGAGAAGCGGCAAGGACGGAGAGCUUGUUCGGGACACACGAGCACCCCCAGUCAGAAUUGCCGGUGCAAUCCGUUGGCCGGCAAGAUGCAUCAAACAACCCUAUAAAUUCGACUGGGAGCCAGGAUCCGGCACAAAUAUUAUCCAAUGCACCCUGUAGUACAGCGACAUAUUUGGAUCAGCAGCAAAACCUUUCCGGCCAGUCAUUCAUACCUUCUGUUUUGGUGGCUUAA